AUGUCCCGCCGUGGCCCCUCAGCCGACACCACCGAACGGAACCGCAACACCCUCAAAACGCUGGUCAAGCUCGAAACGAACAAAUUCUGCGCCGACUGCAAAAAGAACAAGCACCCGCGCUGGGCCUCCUGGAACCUCGGAAUCUUCAUCUGCAUCCGCUGUUCCGGCAUCCACCGCUCCCUCGGCGUCCACAUCAGCAAGGUCAAGAGUAUCGACCUCGACUCCUGGACCGAUGAACAGCUGAAUUCCAUGGUGAAAUGGGGCAACAGGCGAGCAAACAAGUAUUGGGAAGCCAAAUUAGCGGAAGGGCAUGUGCCGAACGAGGGCAAGAUUGAGAGUUUCAUACGGACGAAAUACGAUAGCAGACGCUGGGCGAUGGAUGGGCCGAUGCCGGAUCCUGGUACGCUUGGCGGGGAGGAGGCAGAGGACGACGAUGUGCCUUUGAAGAUCGUGCAGGAGAGGGCGAGGGGAAAUAGUGUGAGGAAUGGUAGUGGGACGUUACCGCAGCCGCCGAGGACGAGACCGCAGGAUGUGGAUCUGUUUGGGGAUCCGGGGCCGGCGAGGCCGAGUACGACGGAGCCUGCGGUGGGUGGUAGAUCCGGACCUUCUAGGGCUGUGGCCGCGCCGCCGAAGCAGACGAGGCCAAAUGAGAGUUUGUUGGGGUUGGACUUCUUGGGUGGUGGGGCCAGUGCACCGCAGAGGCCUUCGAGUACUGGGGCUGCUAGUUCGGGGCCGCCCGGGCGGACGGAUCUGAAGCAGUCGAUUCUGUCGUUGUAUGCUUCGAAACCUGCUGGGGCGCCGCUACAGCAGCAACAGCAGCAGCAGCAAGUACGAUCGAAUGCGGAUUUGUUUGGUGGCAUGACUUCUCCAUCGCUCUCGUCACCUCAACAAAGCAGUAUGGGAGGUAUGGGUGAUGCUUUCUCCUCGCUCUCUUUCGGAUCCCCACAGGUACCAGCUGCACCAGCGCCAACCCCAUUUCCAGGCUUCACAUCUCCAACAGGACAUACACGGCAACCAUCAGCAGCAAAGACCAACCCACUAAGCGGCGGCAGCUUCUUCGACGCCAAACCCGCUCCUCCACCAAAACACACAUCCCCACCCACCUCAACAGCACGCAAGGAGAGUUUCGGCGGUGACUUUGGCGACUUCUCCUCCGCCACCAUGUCCUCCCCACCAACCACAACCCGAACGGCACCCAAGCGAGCCGCAAGUAGCGGAAUGGGCGACCUCUUCGACCUAGCCCCGAACAGCAACUACACCACCCCCGCCCCACCACCAAAACCGACCGUGAAAUCCCCCCCGCCAAUCUCCGCAAGCAACUACACCAACAACUCAGCCUUCAACUUAUCCUCACCAACUCAAACCGGACCACCGAAACCCGUCCCAGCACCCCAAUCGAACUCGAAUGCGUUCUCCUCGAUGAAUAACAUGGAUGCGUGGGGCAGUAGUGAUGCGUGGGCUACACCUGAUCCUACGUCCGCACCUACUCAUACCCCGGCAGCAGCGCCGCCGCCUGCGCUGACGAACAGUAUGAGUAGCUAUACCUCGCCACCCGCGCCACGACCCGCAGCGGCAGUGACGAAAAUGGAAAGUCCCUUUGACGCGGGCUGGGGUGAUCCGGAACCCACGCCUGCUCCUCCUAGUAUUUCACGACCGGCGGUCACGUCUACGAAUAGUGGCUUUGGAGGACAGGGUGCGGGUUGUUGUGGGUUCUCGGUGCAGCAGGAUGAGGAGUUUGGGGGUUGGAGUCAUGCUAGUCCUGUUGCUACCAAUACUUCUAUUUCUUCGUCUGCGAUGAGGCAAGGGGGUCCUGGUGGUGGAGGUGGCAGUGGUGGGAAGGAGGAUGAUUUGUUUGGGAAUGUGUGGGGUUGA